GCUACAGUUCUGGACCACAUGUGGACUACAGACCAGAGAGGAGCACUGCCCAAGACCCUGACUGACAUGUAUUCACACUUCCUGAUGGUCCAGACAAAGAGGAAGAAGCAGAAGUACCACGAGGGACAUGAGACGAGUCCUCAGGAGCUGACAGAGGCUGACAAGGAAGUUCUUCUGAAGCUGGGGAGGCUGGCGUUUGAACAUCUGGAGAAAGGAAACAUCAUGUUCUACCAAGAAGACCUGGAGCAGUGUGGUCUUGAUGUCACGGAGGCCUCGGUGUUCUCAGGAGUUUGUACUGAGAUCUUCAAAAGAGAGAGUGUGAUCUUUCAGAAAACAGUCUACUGCUUUGUUCAUCUGAGUGUUCAAGAGUUUCUGGCUGCAGUCUACAUGUUCCACUGUUUCACAAACAAGAAGACAGAGGUACUGAAGGACUUCAUGGAGAGGGAUGAUUACCCAACCCUGGAGGACUUCCUGGGGAGAGCCAUUAAGAAAUCCCUCAAAAGUAAAAAUGGCCACCUGGACCUGUUUGUCCGCUUCCUUUAUGGCCUCUCUCUGGAGUCCAACCAGAGACUCUUAGGAGGCCUGCUGGGUCGGACGGACAACAGUCCAAAAAUCAUGCAGAGAGCCAUCAACAACCUGAAGGAGAUGAACAGUUAUCAAAUCUCUCCUGACAGAAGCAUCAACAUCUUCCACUGUCUGACGGAGAUGAACGACCACUCGGUGCAUCAGGAGAUCCAAGAGUUCCUGAAGUCGGACAACCGAUCGGAGAAGGAACUCUCAGAGAUCCACUGCUCAGCUCUGGCCUACAUGCUGCAGAUGUCAGAGGAGGUUCUGGAUGAGUUUGACCUGAAGAAGUUCAAGACCUCAGAUGAGGGGCGACGGAGACUCAUUCCAGCUGUGAGGAACUGCAGGAAAGCUGUACUUCGUGACUGUGAACUUUCGGAGACUCACUGUGAAGUCAUUGCCUCAGCUCUGAAGUCCAACCCGUCACAUCUGAGAGAGUUGGACCUGAGUCAAAACAUCAGCCUGCCGGCUUCAGGAGUGGAGCUGCUGUCUGCUGGACUGGAGAGUCCACACUGUAGGCUGGAGACUCUGAGACUGAGUAACUGCUGGUUGUCAGAGGUCAGCUGCUCUUCUCUGGUCUCAGCUCUGAAGUCCAACCCGUCACCUCUGAGAGAGCUGGACCUGAGUGGAAACAACCUGAAGGAUUCAGGAGUGAAGCUGCUGUGUGACCUUCUGGAGAGUCCAGACUGCAGACUGGAGACUCUGAGGUCAGUCCAACAUUCUUUACUCCUGUGCAGACAUAAAGCUAUUAUAGAUAUUAUACUGAUCUUAAAGGGUCCUCUUGUACACGACGGCCCCAAAUUUGGGGGCUCUCGGGCUUAUGCCGUGUUCACACCAAACGCAAAUUCGCGUCCAUCGCGCCGC